AUGACGGAUACUGAGUCCAAGACCUGGGCUAUACUGAUUGGGAUUAAUUUCUACCCUGGAAACAAAUCCCUGAAGGGAUGCGUUCACGACGUCACAUCCAUCGCGGCGUUUCUGACCGACAGUGCCCCGCCGAUGGACAUCAAAGUCUUCACGGCGAGCCAGCCUUCCGACCCUUCUGCCAACGGUCCACCCGAAGAAUCUGAUUUGCUACCCACAUACGAUAAUAUCACACGCGAGCUAAGGAGUAUAAAUUCUCAAGCAAGAGCCGGAGAUGCAGUUUACAUUCAUUACUCUGGCCAUGGUGCAGAUCGUCAGUCUCUCCAACUGACUGGCCAAGAUCCACAUAUCGGCACCGAGGAUUUUGCCUUAGUCCUGUAUGAUGGACCUCAUGGAAUGAAGAAACUACCGGGAAGCGAACUAGCAAGACUACUAAAAGCAAUGGUGGACAAAAAAUUGGCCGUCACUUUAGUCCUUGACUGUUGUUUUUCCGGAAGCGUUACGCGACAUGGCGUCAAACGUACUUCAACUGUCCGAAGUAUAGACUUCGAUUCUACCAUCGACGAUGCUUGUUCCUCACUUCCUCCCAGGAGUCGAGGGCCUCUUCGUGACGGACGCAUCGUCCCUCACUGGUUGGUAAAUCCGGACGGCUAUACUAUUCUCUGUGCCUGUGGACCCUACGAGAUUGCUGAAGAAUUCGAGUUCGAAGACGGAACAUUCCACGGCGCACUCUCAUAUUUCUUACUCCGGGCACUAAAGUCACUGAGAAGGUCCGGCAUGAAGAUUAAUUCUCAAGCUCUGUAUCAACAUAUUUGCGCUAGAUUUCAUGCUAAGCUGCCCCGACAAAAUCCCAGACACUAUGGGAACGGGGUUCCCUCAUGUUUUGGAAAUUGUUUGAAUAAAGCCGAAGAUCCAUUUACUGCUGUUUUCUUCCCACAGGAAGGCAAUCGAUUAUGCCUAAGAGCUGGGUAUGCGCAUGGUGUCCAGAAAGGCGACGAGUACGAGGUUUGCCCAUUCACAGCGGUAGGAAAUGAAGCAGGCCCCGUACAGUAUAGUGCGAUUCGGGUCAACGUCAGCGCUGUUCGCGGUCUCACUUCGGACAUGGUAUCAUCCGACCCAACUAUUUCCCUUGGUAAUGUCAAGUCAGGCUGGAUUGCUAAACCUCGCACUCAACUGCGUCUUCAGAAUACCACUAUACAACUUAUGACCGAAGAUAGCGACAUCGGCAAGUGGCAACAAAAGGCGGGUUCCCAAAAGUUUCUCAGAUUUUGCGAAGACGAGCUAGAGGGCCAGCCUUGCUUAUUCAAAAUUCAUGUGAACAGUGACCAUGAAUAUGAAGUCAUCGACCAAUCGAGUCAACCGGUGGCAACUCUCCCAACAGUCUCCUGUGAUAGGAAGGAUGCAAUGGAUCUUGUUGUAAAUAUGCUCGAGCAUGUGGCUAUUUAUAAAUCCAUCGAGGCAAUCGAGAACCGCUUUCCAUCGGCGUCAUUCUCCGAAUCAUUUGUUAUUCAACUUGCCACCGAUCCAGGGGUCUGUUUGUUGAAUUCUGGUGUUCUUGACGUGAAAACCCAUAAUGAAGUGAAAUUCACAGUUCGAAAUUGUGGCGAAGCGUCGAUAUACGUCCAUCUGCUUGAUUUGCGCCCUUCUUGGGAAGUUUUCGAUAUUGUCAAAGCUAGCGGCAGUAGAUAUAUAGAGGUUCCCGGAAACGAAUCCUCAGAGAUAAAACUUGAAAUGACAGUACCCGACUUUCUUGUGAGUUUGGGACAGAGUCACUGCGAAGAUGUCCUCAAAUUUCUUGUUACAAGUCGGGCAACCUCGAUCGAGGGAAUGUGCUUGAAGGAGCUUCCUAGGUCGGCAGAUAGUGUGGGCACAAAUUUUCGUGGGGAUCAGGACAGGGUCUCGAAUUUCCUUAUGGGGCUGGGCUCUCCGUUGCGAGGGAACGGAGACGAUCCUCUGUCAGAAGACUGGGCAGCCCUUAACUUCGUUGUGCGGACUGCGCUGCCACCUCGAUGA